GCUAUGUUGCACUUUUUGAGAUUUAUUUUUUUGAUCUUUUCGUAUAGUUCACAGCCCUAUCUACCGUAUAAAAAGAAACUGUUAUCUGUAUCUAUUUAAUAUUUAUCUAUAGCUUUCAUUUGAUAUAGUUUACUGAUGGUAGGACCUUUGGUGAGUCCGCACGGGUAGGUACCACCGCCCCGCCUAUUUCUGCCGUGAAGCAGUAAUGCGUUUCGGUUUGAAGGGUGGGGCAGCCGAUGUAACUAUACUUGAGACCUUACAACUUAUAUCUCAAGGUGUGUGGCGCAUUUACGUUGUAGAUGUCUAUGGGUUCCAGUAACCACUUAACACCAGGUGGGCUGUGAGCUCGUCCACAAAUAUAGGCAAUAAAAAAAAAAAAACAAAAAAAAAACGUAUUUACUCGUUAAGUAAUUCAAAAUAGAGUUUUUGCACAUAGCAGGUUUUGGUUUGACAGUGACGAUAUAUACAAUUUACACUUGAAUAUUUCAUUCUGACACAUUAACAAAGAGUAGUAAGUAGGACUACAGAAAUGAACUUUGUAAAGAUCCUGUGCGUCGUCUUAGCGCUCAUGCUGGCUUUGAGCAUGGCGAGUGCCGCGCUUGAACCCAAACGGAAGGUCUUCAAAAUAAUUGUGAGUUAAGACCAUCAAACCUUAGGCAACAGAAUUAAAAGGUUGAAUUUUCUAUGUGCUCGUCCACCCAACUAAGCAAUAAAAAAUAAAAAUAAAAACAUAUUCGCCUAGUACAUUGCAUUGGUGAAUGACUUUGUUAACAAGUCCGAAUCGUUGUGGUUAUCUAAGCCACGAUUGCCUCUCAAACGUGAGGAACACAUUUUCCGGUUGACCUUUGUUAAAAAUGCGAAAUCCUCAUUAACUGGGAGAGCAUUAAUUGGGGGAUUAACUUUUAUCAGAGCGGGCGAGGGAAGUACCCCUCUCGUGUUUGUGUUUAACCUCAAUUGACCCGUUAUCUUGCGCUCGAGAGCGUCUAACAACAAACCACGCGAAUUUGUAUAUAUAAAGAGAAACAAGUCUGAAUUAAUUACAUUCUGAUAGAGCACAUCAAGUGAUCAGUACAGCGCCGCUUGUGUCUUAACGUCCGCGUUUGAAUUUACAUAAACUUACAAUGAACUUCGCAAAGAUCCUAUCCUUCGUCUUCGCUCUGGUGCUGGCUUUGAGCAUGACCAGCGCUGCUCCCGAGCCCAGGUGGAAGAUCUUCAAGAAAAUUGAAAAAAUGGGCAGGAACAUUCGUGACGGCAUCGUCAAAGCGGGCCCGGCGAUCGAGGUCCUCGGUUCGGCUAAAGCCAUAGGAAAAUAAUCUUUAAAACGUACGCCAUAAAUACUAGUAUUAUUUAAUCUACUCGUUAAUUUUAAUAUGUAAUUAAAUUACAGCUUUAAGACUUAAUAAUAAGACAUUCAAUUUUAAAAAUAAUUUGAAGUUAAUGUCUGCCAAAGUUUUCUUAGUGAUAAACGUUAUGUUGUAAAAUUGAAAAUCAAUAAAAUAUUUUGUACAUAAUUCAA